UCAACGUGUAGCGACAAACGUCAAACCGUGUUCAAAAGUUUGGUUCCAAAACAGCAUCAUCAUUGUUCUGAAUUUCUGAUUCCGAGUCAUCGUGAACUUUCUUGCUUAUUUAAAACACUUUAUCAACUUCAAAAAUGGAAACUUCCAUCAAAGUUGCUCCCCAAAUGCCUAGCACGUUCAAGGAAUUCACCGGUCAUAAUUCUCCGCUCGACGAGAAUUGUGCCGCCCAGUUGCAGUUCGUUCAUCCGCUCAAACAAUCGGAGAAGAACUACGCCUUGCACCGGCAGAACCUGAACUUUCAAAUGCUGCGCAAUCGGGAAGGUUUGGCCGCCCCUCUAAAGCUGACGAUGGAACUGAAGUCCGUUUCCAAGGUGGGACAUCUUCCGUUCCUUCCCUCGAAUAACGUCGCCCGUGAUGUCCUCACCGGACAGGACGAGCUGAUCAGUUUCGGAGAUUUGUUCAACAAUGAGGAGCACUGCGAGUACAUCCGGCAGCCGCACGCCGUCAUGGAGAAGGAACUGGGAAUGUUUUAAGCUAAGGUAGGUUGGAAGAAUUGCGUUUAUGAUUUUUCCGUUAUGAUUCGUAUUUAAUAAACAAGUGGAGCAAA